AUGCCCAAGCAGUCACUCCUUUUCAUUUUCCAGGCGUUCGCUGGUGCCUUGGGAGACCUUGCUGCUGGCAGUCAAGAAGUGUCGUCCCCUCGUACCUCCAGCGAGUUUCACGGAAGCCCCAUUACCCCCGUCCAACAGCGCCAGCAACGGACGCUUCCUCGCCGACAAGGCUCGUUGACCUCCCGACAAGAAGACAGAUCGCCCACUCCAUCUUCCCACCGCACCCUCCGCCGAACUUCUCGCUUCUCAGCCAGUUCCAGUCCGAGCCCCCGCCCGCCCGAUCCCGCGCCGCGUCGAGUCCACCUCGAAGCCGCUACCCUUGGCAUCACUCCGCGGCCCCUCUUCUCGACCCUCGGUGGAGCUGCACGAACUGCACCGGCCGAGCAAGUCUUCCAAUCCUUCCGGCGGCAACUCUCCCAGGAGUUGAGCGACGAUCCCGAAGAAGCGUCGACUGUUCAACCGUCCUCGUUCAACCCGGUCCCACAAACCCCCCUCCAGACAAGACCCAAGCCCCAUCCGGCCGUCCGACUCUCCAAGCACACCAGGAGCGCUAUCCUCUGGGCCCUCGAAGAAGCCCUUCGAAAACCCCAUCCUUUCACUCCGGACCCCGUGGAGGAGAACGCUUCGAUGGCAGAUCUUCUGGGCGGCACCAGCGGCCCUGCCACAACCAAUGGCCACGCUACCUCGUCUUCCCGUCCGACUGCGCCUCCAGCCCAGACGGGAUCGCCACAACAAGUUAUCCGCGGUCCCCGCAUGAUCAUGCGCGAGCGGGCAGAACGUGAGGCCCGACAACGAGCGGAGCGAGAGCAGAUGGAGCGCGCCCGCGCCGAGGAGGAGGCUCGGUUGCUCGAAGAGACACAACGCCGGGCGGCAGAACAGAGAUCACACGUUGCUGGCGCUGUUUCGGGCGGCGACAUAGCCGCAGACCCGGCGGCUCAACGCCGGCAACAGCGUGCGCAGGAGGCCCAGGCAUCUUCGCGAGUCCCUGCCGGUAUGCCUUCGGCUUCCGCGCAGCACCCCUCGGCAACUGUACCGCCUUUACGCCCAACGAGAGUCCCGGAGACAGCUCAGACACCGCAGAACUUUAGCAGCUCUGCGCCCCAGCCCGGUGUCAACGCCCCAGCACCUGCGCCGGCGGCGGGCGAGUCGUCCACCCAAGGCGCAGGUGCCGCCGGAGGAGGCACUACCCGUAUCAAGAACACCUUCCCCCACGCCUUCGAGCGGUGGGAGGCUCUCUCGGCCCAUUGGGAAGGCAUGACGAGCUUCUGGCUGCGGCGACUCCAGGAGAACACAGACGAGGCCGGGCGCAACCCGAUAAGCACACAGCUUUCGCGGCAGGUUGCCGAUCUCUCGGCCGCCGGCGCUAACCUCUUUCAUGCCGUUGUCGAGCUGCAGAGGCUCCGCGCCAGUUCCGAGCGCAAAUUCCAAAGGUGGUUCUUCGAGACCCGUGCCGAGCUGGAGCGGCACCAGGAGGUCAACGCGAUGCUGGAGGCUCAAAUGGAACAAGAGCGACAGGCCAGGGCCGACGCCGUCCGCAAGGCUGCGCAGCACGAAGCCGAGAAUGUGAAGCUCCAGAAGAUGGUGGCCGAAAUGCGGCGAGAAUUGCUCAUCUCCAAGGAGGAGGCUCGUCGCGCCUGGGAGGAGCUUGGCCGCCGCGAACAAGAAGAGCGCGAUCGGACAGUCUCGCUUCAGCAAGGUCACCCGACCAUUGUCGGCGGAGUGCAAGUCGUACCCAUGACCCAACAUAUCCCGAGUCGCACUGCAAGCCGGCACAACCGGUCGGGCAGCCAGGCUGCCGACACGUCGGAUUACAUGGCCGGGCAAACGAGUCAAUAUCCUCCCGCAGCUUCGCCCUCGCACGGCGCACCGCAGUCGCCGGCCCCGGCGGGCGAUCCGAGCGCUAGAUACUACCAGCAGGGCGAAGCCAGCGGUCAGGAAGCCGGCGACUACGGUGCGGGCUCGGAGGCGGGAUACAGUGAGGGCGAAUAUAUGGUCGAUGCGAGGGGAAAUUAUCUGAGAGAUGAGCACGGCAACAAGAUCCCCUUCCACAGCCCCUCCACUUCGCCGAGCAGGGGCAGACGGCCGGAUGCCGCCGCUGAGGACUACGAGAGCCCGGCCUCGCAGGCGCCCACAAGCUACCCCCCAUCUAGUUCUCACUGGGCUAGUCAGCACGCCGGCGUAGGCGACUACACGGGCCAGGGCUUUGCCGCGCCUGGCUGGGAGACCAUGCCCCGUCACCACCACCCCACCCGGCUGAGCGACGUGAUAGAGGAGGAUGAGCGCAGCCGCACAUCAAUGAGCCAUGCAAGUCGCGCCUGAGCCUUGCUCUUCUUGUAUGCUUGCGUGCGUGCGUGCGUGCGUGCAUGCGUGCGUGUCCUGCAAGAUCGAGCAUGGCGAAAGACGAUCAAACAUUGCACCUACCAAACCGGCGCGAUGACAUACAACAGGGGAUCAUUGGAUUGCGGCUUGCGGCUCGUCGACUCGGCCAUGUAUCUCUCUAUCGGCGGAUCUCGGCUUUCCCCGGAUGCAUACUGCAUCGCAUAGCAUCUCAUCAUCAGCAGGCGGCUUGUUGUGUGUUCAGCAUGAGCAUUUGUUUCUUUUUCGGCAUUUGGCGUCUGCUCUUCUUAUAGAGUGGCUGCGGCCACCUUGGCAAAGCAAGACCCUUUCUCGCCCUGUUGACCAUGGAUCCUCCGUCAGCUUCGUCCGAAAACACUUCCGCCCUGGUAACCUUCCGCCCAGCCGAUCUGAGGCAGCUCGGUCUCUUCAUCGUCAUUGUUCGGUGUACGACGUUUCCUGAAUACCGGUGAAUGAUACGGAGGACCGACAAUGGAGGACGACAUCUUUGCGAAUACGACUUCGGCAUCUACACUGCAUAUUGUGAUUUUCUCUCGAGUCCGCGUUUCAAGUUCUUAAGCUGGUUUCUGCGCGGCGUUCGCUUAGGAGAAGCAAGAGAUUGGCUUGGAGAUUGCAUGCAUCAUAUCUUCUUCUUUCUUACAUCUCUUUUAAUCGCCUUUUCUCUUCUGGUCCGUUGCAUCUGAGGUCUGCUGCUGGCAUCAAGCUCGCUCUUUUCUUGGGCGAAGCUUCAUGUGAGACCCGACAGAAGAUCAGGAGGGAAAAGGCAAAAGUUCGACAUCGGAAGUUAUGGGGGUGUUUGGGUGGCCAUGAUGGUAAAGAACAGAACGCCUUGUUUCACGAAUCGGAACGGAAUAGACGACAUCAGCACGGCAUGGCAUGUCCU